UUCGUUGAUGGAGUUGGAGCAAUUUCCCCGACGACUUUUUUUCACGAAAUGACGUCGGGCCGAGUCUUUCGCGUCGUUCGGCGCGUCUUCCUGGACCCGCGCGAAGGGGCGAUCGUCCACCCAGACUUUAUCGAUUCACGACUCCAACCACCCCUCCUGCAGGCACUUGGCCUUGAAACGAUCUUGACAGGGCGGAGGGAAUAGCGCAUCAUGGAUUUUGGGGAUAUUAACCAGCGCCCGCUCAAAAAGAGGCGAUUUUUCUUUGAUGAUGCCGAAGCACCACUGACGAGUCCCUCUCCCGCCGAAAAUCUCACAUCUACUGCACCUUUACCUGCUCGACAAGAGGCAAAUGGCAGCUCCAGCAAUGGACAAACAGAUUAUAAAUUGCCAACAUAUACUAUUUGGACGAAAAAAGACCCCAUAAUCAUACAAUGGCCGCCCCCCGGCGCAUCUUCCGAAAGCCUCCCUCCUUUUCACCAUGAUGAAGUUUGUGGAUAUGAAGACAACUGCGAGGAACCGGAAUACUGCAAACAGUUUGGAAAGGCCGUUGCGGCAAGGAUGAAAGAGGAAGAAGCAUUGACGAGAAGAUCAGAAAGAUCGAAAGAAGGAUUUGAGAAGACAGUGUUUGAGGCCGAUGAGCAAGAUAAGGACGAACUUCCACCAGGUCCAAUCCACCCGGGAUUUAUUGUUCGUGAAACUAGAUCGAAAUUCGACGACAGCGAGGAAAUCGAGGCUGGUGAUAAUGGCGACCAGGAGAUGGCAACAACCAUGCAGCCACCGGCUGAAAAAACAGGAGGUUUUGACUCAGAGACGUUCAUCAGCAUCGUCGGGGAGCACCUUUCUCCCAGUGCGAUAGGCAAGAUUCGAAUAGCUGCUUCGGAUAACCUAGAAAGAGCAGUCAACAUCUAUUUCGAUGGAUCGUGGAAGACAUCUAAUGGGCCCCAGCAAGCCCAAACUACACUGACCCCUCGCCAGCAGUUACUUCCUACGUCUAUAGCCCCGACCCCAGCCCCUGCUGAAGAAAUAAGAUCAACCGAAGCUCCGCCAAAACAAGCAGACACGCCAUCAGAACGUAUUACAUCCCAACCCGCGUUAAGAUACAUUGGUGCGUUUGGCGUCGGGGCAUGGGCGACUAGAAGUGGUACGGGACUGCUCAAACAUGGAGACCAAGUCAAUAUCGAGCGUGCAAGAUCACAGCCCACUGAAAAGCGUGGUCGUAAUGGCAAAAUGAUAAUGAACCAGAAAGGCGAUGUUCUAACUCGGUUCACGAAUAAAUCCGGCCAGGAAGUCGGAAGGUUGCCUCGAGAGACGGCUGAAUGGGUAUCAACACUAAUCGAUCAGAAGAUCUGUGUGUUUGAAGGGACCUGCGUGUUUGUUCCAGACAGGAUCCGUGUGAAUGAUACAAUCUAUAUCCAGUUGUGGUGUUAUUUACGUGAAGAGACGUUUCAGAAUCGGAUGUCCGCUGGCCCGCUGGAUGAUAAUAGGUCUACUGGGCUGUUCGAAGAAAAGGAAAGCACCGAAGAAAAGAACCUGCGGCUUCGCCAAAUCGGGCUUGUGAAACUGUUCGAUGAGAUCGGCCUACAAGCGAACUCAACCAAUGACACAAUGAAGAAGCAAAAGAAAGAAGGGUUGCUUCGUGCCGCGGAAAUUCCGGAGCAAGGUGAUAAAGUCAAAAAAGAAAAUAAAGGGAAUAACGAAUCUUCCGAGGAUGAUGAGCCCCCCGAGCUUGAGGAUGACCAGCUUGAUACUCUCUACAAGAAAGCCCAGUCUUUCGAUUUCAGCAUGCCCGAGGCGCAACCGGCAUCCACAUUCUCCAUGGAUCUUCGAAAGUAUCAGCGGCAAGCACUUCAUUGGAUGCUCGCGAAAGAGAAGGACAACAAAUCCGGCAGGGAAAAUUCAAUGCAUCCACUAUGGGAAGAAUACACUUGGCCCUCUAAGGAUGUCGAUGAUAAAGUUCUUCCAGUUGUCGAAGGGAUAGAUCAUUUCUAUGUCAACCCCUACUCUGGUGAGCUCAGUCUCGAGUUCCCAGCCCAGGAACAACAUUGUCUAGGUGGCAUCCUGGCUGAUGAGAUGGGACUGGGCAAAACAAUCGAGAUGCUCAGUCUAAUCCAUUCCCAUAGGAUUGAGCCUGAUCCAGCGGCUCUCGAUGGGUCAAUUUUUACUAACAGUCUGAUCAGGCCAUCUGGUGUUGUUGCCGGUAAGGUUCCUGCACCUUAUACUACUCUUGUUGUCGCCCCGACAUCUCUUCUCGCGCAGUGGGAAAGCGAGGCUUUGAAGGCUUCUAAUCCUGGGACGAUGAAUGUUCUCGUAUAUUACGGAAAUGAUAAAGCCGUUGAUCUGAAACAUCUUUGCUCUGCAAGGAAUGCCGCGGCUGCUCCCAAUGUCAUUGUCACCAGUUAUGGCGUUGUGCUUUCUGAGUUUAGUUAUGUUAAGUCGACGCCGCCCGCAUUAUUGAAUCAGCUCAACACCGGUUUGUUCUCGGUGGAAUUCUUCAGGAUUAUCCUGGAUGAGGCCCAUCUCAUCAAAAACCGUCAGUCCAAGACGGCAAGAGCUUGCUACGAGCUCAAAGCAACGCAUCGUUGGGCUCUUACUGGAACACCAAUUGUCAACCGCUUAGAAGAUCUGUUCAGCUUGGUACGAUUCCUCAAGGUGGAACCUUGGAACAACUUUUCAUUCUGGAAAACAUUCAUCACUGUGCCAUUCGAGUCAAAGGACUAUGUGCGUGCCCUAAAUGUCGUACAAACCGUCCUUGAGCCCCUCGUCCUCCGACGUACAAAGACGAUGAAGACACCAGAAGGCGAACCUCUGGUGCCAUUGCCGCGCCGAACAAUCACACUUGAAGAAGUUGAGCUUCCAGAACAAGAACGAGAAAUCUACGACUUGAUCUAUACUCGAGCGAAGCGGGCAUUCAACGACAACGUGGAAGCUGGCACACUGCUCAAGUCUUACUCGACCAUUUUCGCUCAAAUUCUCCGCCUACGCCAGACGUGCUGCCAUCCUGUGCUAACCCGCAACAAAGCUAUUGUUGCAGACGAGGAAGAUGCUGCAGCUGUGGCCGAUGAAUCGAACGGCCUCAAGGAUGACAUGGACCUACAAGAGCUUAUAAACCGGUUUACAAGCGCCACUGAGGGUGCAGGUUCCAACGGAGAACAAAAUUCAACGACCAAAUUCACGGCUUAUGCCUUGAAACAAAUACAGAAUGAGUCCAGCGGUGAAUGCCCGAUCUGCUCGGAAGAGCCCAUGAUCGAUCCGGGCGUGACAGCUUGUUGGCACAGUGCGUGUAAGAAGUGCUUAGAGGACUACAUACGCCAUCAGACCGAUAAGGGCGUUCCUCCUCGAUGCUUCUCUUGUCGAGCACCAGUCAGCGCGAAGGACAUUUUCGAGGUCAUUCGAUAUCAAUCACCCAACCACACACCCGCUGAAGAUGAGAUUGUCUCCAGCACACCCCCAACAAGCUCUCAGCUAGCACCUAGGAUUUCCCUUCGACGGAUCAAUCCCCUUUCGCCGUCAGCUCACACCUCUUCCAAAAUCCAUGCCCUUCUCAAUCACCUCAUGCGCGUUCCAUCAAACACCAAGUCCGUUGUCUUUUCUCAGUUCACAUCAUUCCUCGAUCUAAUCGCCCCACAAUUGACGAGAGCUGGUAUCUCCCACGUUCGCCUGGACGGAUCGAUGCCACAGAAAGCUAGAGCUGAAGUUCUUGCCCAAUUCAACAAAACGGAGACGUACCAAGAAGAGAUUGACGACGAUGAGGGAGUUGGUUCCCCUGGCAGAAAACCUUCAGAAAGAAAUGGCCAGUCGUCAUCCUCCUCUCCCCCGCCUACUGUAUUGCUUAUCAGUCUUCGUGCCGGUGGUGUCGGUCUCAACUUGACAGCCGCAAGUAACGUGUUCAUGAUGGACCCAUGGUGGAGUUUUGCCAUUGAAGCUCAGGCUAUCGACCGUGUGCACCGCAUGGGCCAGCUGCGUGAUGUGGCUGUGACGCGAUUUAUUGUCAAAGAUUCGAUUGAAAGCCGGAUGCUGCGUGUGCAGGAACGAAAAAUGAACAUUGCCGGAUCAUUAGGCUUGAGAGUUGGUGGUGAUGGUAAUGAAGAUGACAAAAAGAAAGAACGCAUCGAAGAGCUCAAGUUACUCUUCGAGUAAAUGGUCUAAGGGAGUGUAUUAUAUUAUGACGAUAUCUGUUGAAAAUUUUGGGUUUCUGGAAAGGGUCAAAGGUUUUCAGGUAUAUUCUACCUUAGUUUUUAUAAUAAUGGUGAUCUGCGCUGGACACAGAAACGUCACCAUAAUGAUGGGCAUGAUUGGUUUUCGGCUAGAAUAUAGACAGACAAAAAACUUUGUCAACAUGAACUCUCGAUAUUAAAUUAUAUUUCAGUUUGAGACGCUUUUGUAUUUUCGUGACAUUGCCU